AUUUGACAGAAGAAAGUGGUUAGAAAACUGCUUAACAAACAUGUGCUUUGGCGGUCAAUUUAUGACUACGGGCACAAACCUGCACGGUGCCCUGCAGAGGAUGGCAUCUUCAGAUGAGCCAGAGAAGCGAGAGGUGACUCUACACGGUCGGAAGCUGUCCAACAUCCCAUGCUUUCGUCAGACGUAUUUGUAUGGCAUCGGCUCUGGCAUGGUGGCCGGCCUCACCUACUUCAUGCUGACCAGCAGGCCAAGGACUGCGUCACACGUCGCCUUCGGCUCCUUCUUCACUGUCUCGCUGAGCUACUGGUUCUACUGCCGCUACACCUGGUCGACCGCCAGCUUCCACCAUCGGCAGCUCAAGCAUGCCAUGCAGCAGCAGGUGAUGACAGAGGGCACCGAGCGGGACACGGCGGCCGCGGUGAAGGAGAGCGGCGAGCGGCCGGAGGUGGCGCGCGCGUGAUGACGCGCAGCCCACGCCCUUGGCCCGGCCGCGGCCCAACAGAGCGACGCGUGUCGCCCCGCUGUGGGGUGGGCGGUGCGACCGCUGUCCGGUCGAGGCGAGACGACGUCUCGCUCGACCUCGCGGCGGUGCGCAGGCCCUUCCCUGCGCCGCGCCAGGGGUGCUGUAGACCUGCAGGGACGCUGGCUGGUGUGCUGCCUCCGACGCCGUGGUCGGUGCCCAGCCGGUGGUUUGGUGAGAUGUCCGGAAGCGUCGGUUGAUUGCGUGUCAGUUUCUGAGGGUGCCGAGUAGUUCCGUUACCUUAGACCAAAUGAGUCUCGCUUGUGGUCCGCGGGGCCUGUCGUCGACUGCAACGUAACCAGCCGAUGACGCGCUUCUCGGUGCAGACAGACCUUUGCCCCUUCCAGUCGCUCCGCUCCGUCUCUGUGUGCCGCCGGGGUAGGCCCGCGGUGCCAGCGGUGGCGCCACCUUCGGAAAUCUCGCGUACUGAACACUGCAACUGGUGAUGCCGGCGUACUCGAACUUGCGCAUUAGCCCAGACGAGUCAGCAAGCAACAAGCAUUGCACUCUUGACUCCGCAGGGACAUGAGGCUGUCCUAUGCGGCGAGGAAUUAUGGAGCACUCGUUCGGGAGCGUGCGCCUUACGUGAGGACGAUGGAACUAAUACAAUGCAAACGGCUUAAGCGUUUGCAUAAUGCAAAGCAGCGAUCACGGCCCGGAAUUUGCUGAACUCUGCGUGCCGCUUGUAGCGCUGCAGUAUUGACGUGCGGUGUUUCCAGAGGCUCCACGCUCUAUGUGGGCACAGCCAUCUUGGAAUUUCAUUCGUGCAAUCGAAGUCGGCAUCGCUGUGUCAAUGCAUCAGCCGAUGUGUAGUGUGUGCGGUGCAAUAAAUGUCCAC